CUUCGAGACGAAUAUUUUUGUUGUAUUCUUCUUCAUACGUCUUGAAAAAUAAAAAUAACAUUUUAUAAAUAAACAUCUAUAAUAAUGGAUAAAUAAUAUAAAUAUAUAAAAUAAACAUAAAGUAGAAAUACUGAAACUGUAAUAACGAAUUGUGAUAGUGUAUAAAAUGAAUAAAUACAACAAUAAUAAUAACUUCUCCAGAACAGGAGACACUUCAAAGCGUUUUAAUAAACGUCCUAGAUAUGGAACAAAUAAUAGUGGUCCAAAAUACAAACAUCAAAAUUCAUCUGGGUACCAAUAUUCCCAUAAUAGAAACAAUAUAGCAGCAGACUCUUAUCCAUAUAAUCAAUAUGAUAAUAAUCCCAGAAAUAAUUUCGGAAUUUCACCGAAAAGGCCAAAUCAUAACCAUCGUCAAAAUAACAAGCAAUCUCCUCCGUACUUACAUAAGCCUGCGGUAUCAGCGUGUUUAUCCCCGUCCUCAUCUUCAUUUUCCGCAGCUACACAAAAUCUUUUAAAUUUGCCACCAACUCAAACUAAAUUAACUCCAGAAUUAGCGUCAGCAGCGAUAGCUCAAAAAAUCAAACAACUUCCUCAGCAAUGUACUCCAGCAACAUCGGAUAAUUCAAACUGCUACGGAUUUGGUUACAAUAGUUUUUAUCCUAACAGAUACAAUGCUGACUUAAUUGCAACUGCAUCAAACCAAACAUUUGGUUCAUCUGAUGGUAUGAGCUCUUAUAUGUGGGAAACUAUAAAAUCAACACCACCACCAAAACUGCCACAACAGCAACCACCACUUCCUGAACAGGGACGACCCAUACUACCUCCAUUACCCAGUGAUGAUAAAAUGCCAUACUUACCUCCACCGCCAAUUCCAGCUACCAUUUUGACUUCAUUGUCUUCUGCUGAAGUAGAUCAUGAGGAAAAUAACAAAUCAAACGAUCAGAAAUCGGCCGCAAACACUAUUGUUAAAAUUAAGACAAAACGAAAAUCAAUCUCGGUACGUUAUAAAUUACAUAAAUGCUGGUCCGAAGAAGAUUCUCUGCUGGCUCUUAAGGCCGAGGAAACAAAUGUAAGAAAACUACAAACCGAUAUUAUAUUAGUUUUACGUUUUCCUGAUCCUGAGAUUAGUCGUGAAAUAGUCAAAUGUUAUAGUCCUGACAUAGAAUCGGUGCAUUUUCAAUUAAAUUUUGCACCACGUUAUUGUUUUGUCCAUUUGAAACCCGGCUCUGAUGUGGAAAAAACCAUCGAAAAUCUAUCAAAAAUACCCUUUGGGACGGGAUUUUUAUCGGUGGAAAUUAAACAAAUACCCCAUAAAGUUUGCAGUACCAAAUUGAAUGAAAUUGAUCCUUAUACUUUGUACGUUGGCAAUCUGCCAAACACAAUAGCAAGUAAAACAUUAAAACAGCAUUUUCCCGGUGCAGCACGCAUUGAUAUUGGUUUUGCUCAACGUAUAAAAUACACCCGUUAUGCAUUUAUUCGCUAUCAAAACGUUCAAAAGGCCAUUGAGGCCUACAAACGUAUGUUGAAUGCUGAAAUAGAUGGUCGUGCACUAUCAAUACGCUUUAGACGUCUUACACCCACACAUGGAGAUAACAAAGAUGCUGAAAAUCCCGAUGAUAUAUUAAGUGAGACAAGGGCAACAUCGGUGGAUAAUUCAACAAUAUUCUCUCAAACUUGUGCUGAAAGCACGGAGUCAAUGGAUCAUUUGGGGGAACCAACUCCAGCAGAUAUUGUUGGAUAUAAUUCAAAUGUCGCGCCAAAGAAUUCAGUAAAAAUUACAACCGAUUUCGAUAAUAAUACAGGAGACUCAAAGCCUCAGGCUGAAACAGUUGAAUCUGUGGAAUCUCACAUCAGUUCAAAUGAACCGUUAUUGGCCACAGUCAAUAAUUCUGAUCAAAGAAGUAGCACUGCUGAAAACAGUUCAACAGAAAUUAACAAUGUUACAAAAACAGCAUCAUCUACCGAAAAUACAAGCAUAACUAAAGAUAAUUCCAAUACACCUGUCGUUAAUAUUAAACCCGAUCCUGAUAUUGAUCCAGAUGAUAUAGUUAUUCGUGAUAAUGCCAUAUCUAGUCGUGUUGAAGGAACCAACGAUACCAUUAAACAGGAGGAGGAAGUAGCUAUAUAUAAUGAAUUCUUUGCCGCACCUAUUAAUCAAAAUGAUAGUAGUAAAGCAAAUACUGGUAACGAUACAGUUUCAUUACACUCAACAACUGAUGAAACGGAUACCAUGUCAUCAUUAUCGGUUAAUAGUUUAGGAGAGUUUUUGCAAACCUGCCAUAGGCCUCAAACACAGGCAAACAAUACAGAAGAAAUGGGACCACCACCGACGAAAAGACACAAAGUUUCUGGAGAUGUUUUACAGGAUACAAUUAAAAAAGAAACCCUGGAAAAUGAAAAUAUUGUGACUGAAGCUAGAAUGGAGACAGUGAAACAAGAACCAGUGCAAAUCAAUGAAAAUUCAAAUGUCAGUGAUAAAAAUAUGCCCCUGAAAGAUUCAACAAAUCAAACAGUUCAUAGAAGAAGAGCAACAGUACAAGCAGCCAUUGUAGGCAACAACACAACAAAUCCUCAAAGUAACACAAACAAUAAUGAGGAUUUAGUGCCUUCAACUGCUUUGUUUUUUACAAGUCAAAUUCAAAAUACACUGGCCAACACUGUUAAUGAGUGUGAUUAUGAUGAAUUCUAUGACACGAGUAUAAACCCAUCAUCCCAAACAUCUGCUAGUGCGACAAACAUUAAAAAAGAACCCUUAGACAUAUCAAGACGUAAAAGCACAAGCGAAAAUGUUAAAAAUGUGCAGCAAAAAGAAGCUGAUAUUAGUGAAAGAGUAAAUGUAGCAGCAAUUUCUAAUGCUAUAGAUGAAGAUGAUUUGGUACCCUCACAAAAUCUAUUGGGCUCCUAUCGACCUUUACGAAGUGAGAUUAAACAUGAAAUGGAACAUGAUGACCUAUUUUCAGUACCAAUCAACAAUAGAAAUAACUUAAAUGAAGAUAGCAAUUUGGAUAAUCAUUGGAAUAAUACGGAAUCUGCUAUAAACAUAUACUCGCAGUCAGAUAAAAGUGGAAAAACAAGUGAAGGCUUAAAAAGCACUAUGUCAUUAAAGGAUACUGAUGAUGAUGUCAUCAUCAUUUCCGACAACAUAUCUCGCCGACCGCAGCUCAUAAAUUCUAAUACAUCAAUUCUAAGUAAUUUAUUUCUGCGCCGACAUACCGAUUUAGUAACAUUUAAACCUAAACCUAUUGCUGUUACUACAACUAAUCGAGGAGUUUCUAAACUAUUAUAUCGUGAUAAUCUCGAUAAACUAUAUGAACAAUUGGAUGCCGACUCAGACAAUGACUUAUGAUACUUUAUAUUGGGAAAAAGUAAACAGAGACUUUAUUAGUGACAACAUGGUUUGAUAAUGAUGUUGUGUAAAUAGGUUGUAAAAGGGAAUUUAUUUACAUACAUAUAUGAUUCCCUAAAAACAAUUCACAAAAAGUAACAAACAAAUUUUUAACCUUUUUAAAAUUUGUAUGAAUGAAAUGAAUGUAAAUGAAAUUAUUUACUUCUAACUGACUAUAAAUUACAUAGGUCUACAAUGAUUUUGGUGCCCUCAUUCUAACUGAAUACUUGUUUUUUCAACGGAAAAAAAGAAAAUAAACUAUUAAAUUAUUAUAUUAUUAAAUUAUUUUACAGGAUUAUUUUUUAGAUUUUUUACGGGAGGUCCUUUGGACACUCCCAUGUUAUGCUGCAACAGUAAUCUGCCAUCAUAUGAUCAUCACAGCGACCUAGAUAUCAGAUGGAAAUGUUAUCCAAAUACAUAGCUAUCCAAGAAAACUCAUUGAAAGUUUUGAAGGAAAUUUUUAAAAACCAGAAAAAUAAUAACAUUUAACUGAAAA